CUGUAUAUAUAUAUAUAUUGGCGGACUCGGAUUCGGCGAUCUCUACAAUCUUGAUCAGGCCCGACACUUUUCUCAUAUUCAUAUUCAAAAAGGCCUCGAUGUCAACGUCUUCUGUCAUUCCAGAGCUUCUUCGUUCAAUUACGACCUUGUCACUUUUAUCGUCAGCUGUGUGUUUCAGGUUCAAAUCAGACUUCCGAAGGUCGUCAAUCAAACCCGACAAAAAAAAUUACUACUGUGCUCCUCCCACAAAAAAUUAUCAUGACUUGCAGGUUCUUGUCCCUGGCAUUUUUCGCCAGUCUGUGGAAGGACCGGUUGUUUUCUUAGCGCCCUUGUCCUCGUCUUCUCUGAGCUACUCGAGGGCCUGAUGGUACGGCUGAGUUGCGGCAAUGGAACUUCUAUCAGCUAUCAGCGACGGCUAGCGGCUUCGAUUCUCGCAAUGGCAGUUCAUACAGGAACGCGAUAUGGCGUUCACGUCUCAUAUACGAGAUAUUGAUAAUCAGUAAGCAAUUCAUCAGAAAUAUG